GUCCUGUCCGGCGAGGAUGAAUCGAGAGUUGAAGAUCAAUGAUACUAGCAUGAGGAUGUGGAUGGUCCAAUGGAGAACAUUGAAUAUGAGAGUAAUCCAAAUGUCACAAGGGAUCAACCUGAUCAUAAAUUUUGGACUCUCGCAUAGUACAUGGUGAGACAUAAUAGGAUUCAUGAUCAUCCUGGACAUAGGCAUUGAGAAACGUAUUGAAUUAGCAUUUUUGGACAAAACAUGGAUGUGGAGUAGAAAUUUUUUAUC